CUCGCUGGGAGCCAAGCAGCGGAGCUGUGUAAGCUGGGUGGUGGACCUUUGUAAGCUGGCUGUUGGCAUGGCAGACGAGGAGGAAGAUCCUACUUUUGAGGAAGAAAAUGAAGAAAUUGGAGGAGGUGCAGAAGGAGGACAGGGUAGAAGGAAGAGACUUUUUUCUAAAGAAUUGCGAUGUAUGAUGUAUGGGUUUGGGGAUGACCAGAAUCCUUAUACUGAGUCAGUGGAUAUUCUUGAAGACCUUGUCAUAGAGUUCAUCACUGAAAUGACUCACAAGGCGAUGUCAAUCGGAAGACAAGGUCGAGUACAAGUUGAAGAUAUCGUCUUCUUGAUUCGAAAGGACCCAAGGAAGUUUGCUAGGGUUAAAGACUUGCUUACUAUGAAUGAAGAAUUAAAACGGGCUAGAAAAGCAUUUGAUGAGGCGAACUAUGGAUCUUGACACCUUUUGUACUUAAUGAAUCUUCAUUAUCUUCUGGGGAAGCCCUAUAUGAUAACUGUAUAUUUUUCACUGUAAGGUCCCUUUAUCUAGCCAUGAAGGUGAAAGAUGGAGGAACACAAAGGUUUCAGUUUUUAUUUUCAUGUCUUCAAUUUUAGAGAUGUUUGAGCCUUGAAUUGUCUGCCAUUAUAUUACUAUACUUGAAUUACUUACUGGGUUUUAAUGACCACGUGUAAUUUGAAGUACCUUGAAAACCAUGCAGUUCCUUCUGACUUUUGACUGUCUAAAUGGUGAAGUAGUAUUUAUGUAUUAGGUGUAUUUGUGCCACUAGGUAUAGGCUAUACUGUAGGUGUUUAAUAUAUGAAAUCUAAAGGGCACCUUUGACUCUGAUUGCUUAGACGUGUUUCAUGUCUUCUAAAAUUUUUAGACUACAGUAGUCUAAGAGAUUAUUAAAAGAUAGUGAACUGGUUUGUUGGUUUUUUUAGGGAGAAGACACAAGAAAAUACAGUCUUUUGUAAGAACAUUUAUCUCUAGUAGUCUAGAAGGUUAUUAAAGAUACUGAACUUGUUUGCUUUUUUUUUAGGGUGAAGAUACAAGAAAAUAAUAGUCUUUUGUAGGAGUGUUUAUCUGUCUUAAGAUAUUUGUUGUUUAAUAUUCUUUUCUUUAGAUAAUAAGAAAUGUUUUUUUAAACUAAAAGUUUCAUGUGAAUUCUUCUGUAUUGGAAGGCUUUUUUGAUUUAAAACCUUUUUAGCUUAUAAUGUACUAGUUGUCAAAUUUUAAGGGAACUCAUUUUCCCAGGUUGGAUUAAAGCUUCUAAGAAUAACUGUUUUCAGUGGUAGGAAUGGUAUUGUUUAAAAAGCUGAUGGCAGGAUAAGCAUUUGGGAUAGUGUUUUAUUAACAUAUUUGUUAGUAGUUGUUCAUUGUGGAAAUGUGUACUUGACUGAAACCAUGUAUGGUUUUGGAAACCGCUUUUAUAGUUCAGGAUAUACAAGUUUUGUCUGUGUUUAGCUUAUUGUAUUAAAUUAUUGCACUUAGUUUAAAAUAAGGAUUCAAACUGCAUUUAAAGGGAUCACUGAAUAUUACUCUGUGAAACAGUGUUUUAUAUGCUGCUUGUAACAUAAAUCAAUAUGUAAGAGAAUUUUACUUUCUUAACCUGUUGAUACAAGGAAUAAAGUCAAAAAUUAAAAAGAUGAAUACAUGAA